AACAAUACCAGUCCACCAUAGAAUGUCGCGCGCGCUGGUGUCGUUCGACCCACUGAACAUUUAGGUCGCGAUCUUUACCACCAUGACCAAUCUGUCCCGUAGUUUACCGCGAACGCUUUCGUGUUUUCGUACGUACUCUAAACAGUUGUGUAAACACUUCAAUGACAAAUAAUUUAUAAAAGAUUUAAACAGAUAUUUCGUCAACUAGUGUAUUUUAACAGUUUCGGCCUCUUUGAGUUUCGGUGUGCGUCAGGGGGUUCGUUAAGUUUCAGGUUGUUAGGACAUAUUAAUUUAUUCAGAAAGAUGGCACCGGCGCUACAGAACGUUGAUACUCUACUCGAUUCAGAUUCACAAAUUAAAAUUAAAAGACUAUUAGACGAUGGUUCUAAACUUCAUAAUGUUAAUAAUAAUACAGUUCUAAAACAAUAUGUGAAUGAUAAAGUAAGUGAUGAUAUGGACUUCGAUAUAGUUAAAUAUGAAACUAUGGAAUUUAAAGCACAAAUAAGAUGGCCAGACUUAAUAGUACAAGUGCUAUUACACACUGUAUCAAUCUACGGGUUCUACCUCAUGUUAACCAAUAGAGUGAAUUUCCUGACUACACUUUUUGCAUUCGCCACAAUAUACACGUCGGGUUUCGGCAUAACUGCAGGUGUUCACAGACUGUGGUCGCACAGAGCCUACAGGGCCCGGCUGCCUCUGAAAGUUCUGCUUGCCCUACUCUUUACAGUUACAGGACAAAGGGACAUCUACACUUGGGCCUUGGACCACAGAGUGCACCACAAGUAUUCAGAGACAGUCGCGGACCCACAUGACAUCAACAGAGGGUUUUGGUUUGCCCACGUCGGUUGGCUGGUCCUGACACCACACCCUGCUGUGGAAGACCGAAGAAUUGCUCUGCGAAAAACCUCAUUAGACCUUACGCAUGAUCCUGUUGUACGGUUUCAAAAAAAGUUCUUCAUUCCUUUAUUUUUGCUACUUAACGUGAUAUUACCAGUGGCAAUCCCCAUCUACUUUUGGGAAGAAACACUACUGAACAGUUUCGUUGUGAGCUUCGUCACGAGGUUCACCAUCACGCUGAACAUCGCUUUCUGCGUAAACAGCUUCGCACAUGUAUGGGGCAACAAGCCUUAUGAUAGGUUCGUAAAAUCCGUCGAAAACAAGCUAGUAAGCUUAGCAGCACUUGGGGAGGGCUGGCAUAAUUACCACCACGUGUUCCCGUGGGAUUACCGGACCUCUGAGCUCGGAAGACUCAACUUAUCCACUGCGUUCAUCGACCUCUUCGCCAAGAUUGGAUGGGCUUAUGACUUAAAAGCUGCGACGAACUUGAUGAUUGUCAACAGAGCGAAGCGCAGUGGCGACGGCAGUCUGGGGGAGUCGGAGGAACCUGAGCCAUCUUCAACUUCAGAUUACGACAAUGGGAUUAGAAACUAAUUUCGUUUGAAAAAUAAUAUGACUAAUAUAGGCUA